AUGGGACCCAAAAGCAGCUUGAUCCUCACUCUUCUCUGCUGGGUGGCGGGUGAGGUGGCUGCCUACCCACCCUGGGAUUUCUCUUGGGGUGACCCGGCGAGCCGGGGAGCACGGGCAGACCCCCACGCCUGGUCCUGGGUGGAGGACCCCCAAUCUCGAGCCAUCUCCAGCCAGCAGCCAGUGAUGGUGCAGUGCCAGGAAGCUCAGCUGGUGGUGACGGUGCACAGGGACCUCUUCGGCACCGGCCGCCUGGUCAACGCGGCCGACCUGACACUGGGGCCGGCAGCGUGCAAGCAUUCCUCGCUGAACCAUGCCCACAACACCGUCACCUUCACCGCCGGCCUCCAUGAGUGCGGCAGCAUCGUGCAGGUCACGCCGGAUUCCCUCAUCUACCGCACGCUCCUCAACUAUGACCCCAGCCCCGCCAGCAACCCCGUCAUCAUCCGCAGCAACCCUGCCGUCAUCCCCAUCGAGUGCCACUACCCCAGGAGGGAGAACGUGAGCAGCAACGCCAUCCGGCCCACCUGGGCUCCCUUCAGCUCCACGCUGUCAGCAGAGGAGAGGCUGGUGUUCUCCCUGCGCCUCAUGAACGAGGACUGGAGCGCCGAGAGACCCUUCACUGGUUUCCAACUGGGCGACAUCCUCAACAUCCAAGCAGAGGUGGGCACCGAGAGCCACGUGCCACUGCGGUUGUUUGUGGACAGUUGUGUGGCCGCCCUGAGCCCCGGCACCGAUUCCUCACCCCACUAUGCCAUCAUCGACUUCAACGGGUGCCUGGUUGAUGGGAGGUCGGAUGACACCAGCUCUGCCUUCAUCACCCCCCGGCCCCGGGAGGACGUGCUGCGCUUCAGGAUCGACGUUUUCAGGUUUGCGGGGGAUGCCAGGAACCUGAUCUACAUCACCUGCCACCUGAAGGUGACCCCAGCGGACCAAGCCCCGGACCCCCUGAACAAGGCUUGCUCCUUCAACAAAGCCAGAAACACCUGGGCACCUGUGGAAGGCACCCGGGACAUCUGCAGCUGCUGCGAGACGGGCAACUGUGAGUCCCCCCCACUCUCCCGGCGGCUGACACCCCUGGAGCAAUGCGGUGGGGUGAUGGCCAGUGUGGGGUUGGGGCUGAUCUGCGUGGCGGCCGGCAUGGGACUGGCUGGCGUGGUGCUGGCUGUUGCCGUGGGGCGCAGGAUGUGUGCCCGUGCCUCAGC